UCCGGGUGGCAGGUGACAGGUACAUGUUGUUUAGCUGCGGGUCAAAUUAAGCAGGGACAAACAUUCCUCCCUUAAAUCGUUUCUCCCGUUAUUUUACCGGGACGUGAAUGUGUUUGGUUUGAUGACCUGUGAUAUCCGUUAGCCGGAUCUCAGUCCUCAGUCGCCGUCCUCCAGCAGUUUGCCCAGCCACCGACCUCUGAUGGCCUCCAGGCGGCCGGACAGCUUUGAAGGGAUCGGCUACCGCCUCCGCGAAGACCCGCUGUACGGAGCGAGCUACCCGGUCAGAAGCGCAGGAGGCCCGGCGGAGCUGCAGCACCACCACUGGGUCACGACGCCGCCGGACAUCCCCGGUAGCCGCAACCUGCACCACGGAGAGCGGACACCUCAUUACGACGAGCCGCUGGGAGAGCCUGGAGGUCCUGGAGACGCAGCCGGCUGGGAUGCUCCGCAGCCGGGCAUACCACCAGCUGAGCAACUAAACCGAUUUGCAGGCUUUGGGAUUGGACUCGUCAGUCUGUUCACUGAGAACGUCCUCGCUCACCCCUGCAUCGUCUUCCGCAGACAGUGUCAGGUGAACUACCAUGCCCGCUGUUAUCACCUGACUCCUUUCAGCUCCGUCGCCGUCAUGUACACCAUCACCAAGGCUCAGGGUGUGAAGGCUCUGUGGAAGGGGAUGGGCAGCACCUUCAUCGUUCACGGCAUCACGCUGGGAGCCGAGGGCAUCAUCAGCGAGGUCACACCGUUACCACGGGAACUUCCUCACAGGUGGACGUGGAAGCAGCUGGCUGGACAUUUACUUCUGAAGGGGUUAACAGCUGUGGUGGCUCUUCCGUUUUACUGCGCCAGCCUCAUCGAGACUGUCCAGAGCGAGAUCGUCCGCGACGACUCGUCCUCCGGUCUGCUGGACUGCGUCCGUGAAGGUUUGACUCGGCUGUUGGGCGUCGGAGCGCCUCACAGCCGUCGCCUGCUUCCUCUCGGCUCUCUGCUGCUUCCCGUCGCGCUGCACUCCGUCCUGCGAUACGCCAUCGCCGCCUCCGUCCAGCGGGCGGCGCUGUGGCUGCACCAGCGGGGCAGAAAGCAGCGAGCCGACCCGAACAACCUUCUGGACGCCUACUUCCCUGAGCUGGUGGCGGCGUGGGCGGGGUCUCUGGUGGCCGACGUCGCGCUGUUUCCUCUGGAGACGGCGCUGCACCGCCUCGGCCUGCAGGGCACGCGCACCAUCAUCGACGCCACUGACGGCGUGGUCGCCGUGGGAAACGGCGGCAGCCCGCUGGUCCUGCCCGUCAACACGCAGUACGACGGCUUCUCCGACUGCCUCCACGCCAUCCGCCGCAAGGAGGGCGUAGCCGGGUUUUACCGCGGCUUCGGAGCACUGGCGGCGCAGUACGCGCUGCAUGGAGCACUGCUGGCUGCAGCCAGGACACUACUGAGGCUGCUGCUGCUGGAGGGGGGCGGCAGCUAGAGCCUGCAUCAACAUGGAGACCACGCAGGAAGUACAGGAAGUGAUGCUUCUGUCUUCUCCAGUUUUCCCAGUGAGCACACCAAAGUUUCUUAAGUGGAAAACUCCAGCUCGUGUUUAGCCUAGCUUAGCAUAAAGACUGGAAGCAGGUGGAAAGUGUUAGCCUAGCUCCAACAAAACAUCACAAUCUAUACAUGUAACUCUCAAAUGUUGUGUCACCUCUUGAUGUCACUUCCUGCCUUCGAACAAAAUGUUGUGGUGGUCGUGUGUCACCAUGGAAAUGCAGUGUCACUUCCUGUUCCAGUAUAAAAGCAUGAACUCAUGAUCCUGUGUUAGUAAUAAUUCUCUCUUUGUGUUUCAUUGCUGGAAGCUUUGUGGUCGCACACAGUUCACGUGUAUAUAUGGAGAAAACUUAAACUUAAACAUCAGCCGACAAAAAAACACUUUAUUUGUAAAAAGUUGUAAAAAUGAAACGAGUUCUGUGUAUUAAGAGAAAUGUAGAUUUAGAUGAAAUUCUGUGGGAUUCAUACAUAUUUAAUUCAAUAUUCAAAUCAAACGAACAGGAAAUGAGUCGGUUGGUGUUGAUUUUUCAGAAUAUUUGGAAGUAAAUGUGAAAAUGUUUGAGGUGUGAAAAUAAAGUGGAAGCAGAGUGAAAUCACCUCUGCCCUCGUUCACGAACUCUGACGAGUGUUUUUCUUCUUCAUGUGGAAUAAAAUCUGCUGCUUGUUCAGUGUCGGUUCGUCAAAGUACAAGUUGCUUCAUAUAAUAUAUAUAUCGAUAAGUAAUCGAUAAUAAAUGUACGUGCAUGUAAAGCAUGCGCUGCCACAGUUUGUUUAGCUUUGUGAGAAUAUACAUUCACAGGUUUUAUGUCACGGAUCAUCAUCUUGUUACUUUCAGGAUUUUUAAAUCAAAACUAAAUGUUUGCUCGCUUCGUCUUUGUGAUGAACUGGUCACCUGUCCAGGUGCAGCCAGCCUCUCGACCACUAUCAGCCGAGAUCAGACCGGCCUCCACGUGACCCUGAAAGAUGAACAUUAAUUGAUGAUGGGUGGAUGUUUAUGAUUGGUGUUUUUAGUUUUACUAACACUGUCAGCUUACUUUCUGAUCAAUAAUCAGUUUUGCUGGAUUUUGUGUCAAAUUGUAAUUCCAGAUUAUUUUUGCAUUAUUCGAUUUUUUAUUAUAGUAAAUAUAUUUAUUAUCAUAGCUAGUUAUAUUCAUUUUUUCUGUUUUGUUUUAAAUAAUCUUUAUUAUUUUCU